AUGGAGGACUACCACAAACCCGACCAGCAGACAGUGCAGGCGCUCAGGAACAUCGCCAACCGCCUCCGAAUCAACUGCAUCAAGGCUACCACCGCAACGGGCAGCGGACACCCUACAUCAUGCUGCAGCGUGGCAGAAAUCAUGUCUGUCCUGUUCUUCAACACAAUGAAGUACCGCCCAGAGGACCCCAAGAACAUCAACAAUGACCGCUUCAUCCUCUCUAAGGGUCAUGCCGCCCCGGCCUUGUACUCCAUGUGGACAGAGACUGGCUUCCUGAAGGAGAGUGAGCUGCUCUCUCUGUGCCAGGUGGAGUCCAACCUGGAGGGACACCCCACACCUAAGCAGCAGUUUGUGGAUGUGGCUACUGGCUCUCUGGGUCAGGGCCUGGGUGUGGCCUGUGGGAUGGCCUACACCGGGAAGUACUUUGACAAGUCUAGCUACCGUGUGUUCUGUCUGAUGGGGGAUGGGGAGCUGUCUGAGGGGGCAGUGUGGGAGGCCAUGUCAUUCGCCUCCUACUACCAGCUGGACAACCUGGUGGCCAUCUUGGAUAUCAACCGUCUGGGCCAAACCGACCCUGCUCCCCUGCAGCACCACGUGGAGAAGUAUCAGAAACGCUGUGAGGCCUUCGGUUGGCAUGCCAUCAUCGUGGAUGGGCACAGUGUGGAGGAGCUGUGUAAGGCUCUGAGCCAGGCUCGCCACCAGCCCACUGCCAUCAUCGCCAAGACCACCAAGGGCAAGGGCAUCCCAGCUGUGGAGGAUAAGAGGGGCUGGCAUGCCAAGCCCCUGCCCAAAGACAUGGCUGAGGGAGUCGUGAAGGAUCUGCAGGCGCGCAUCAUGAACAGCAGCAAGUGCCUGUACCCUGCCACGCCCAUGGAGGACGCCCCGCCAGUCAGCCUGUGCAACAUCCGCAUGCCCAGCGCACCCGCCUACAAGCAGGGAGAGAAGGUUUCCACCAGGAAAGCCUAUGGCAUGGCCCUGGCUAAACUGGGUCGUUACAACGAGCGCGUGGUGGUCCUGGACGGAGACACAAACAACAUCACCUACUCUGAGAUCUUCAAGAACGAACAUCCCAACCGCUUUGUGGAGUGUUACAUCGCUCAACAGAACAUGGUGAGUGUUGCCACUGGUUGCGCUGCCCGUGAGAGGAACGUUGUGUACGCCAGCACCCUGGCCUCCUUCUUCACCCGCGCCUACGACCAGCUCCGCAUGGCUGCCAUCUCAGAGAGCAACAUCAAUCUGUGUGGCUCCCACUGCGGCCUGUCCAUCGGAGAGGACGGGCCGUCUCAGAUGGGUCUAGAAGACAUAGCCAUGUUUAGGGCCAUCCCCACGGCAACCAUCUUCUACCCCAGCGAUGGCGUUUCUAUUGAAAAGGCAGUGGAGCUUGCCGCCAGCACAAAGGGUGUUUGCUACAUAAGAACCAGCCGCCCCGAGAAUCCCAUCAUCUACAGCAGCAAUGAGGACUUCCAUGUUGGACAGGCUAAGGUGGUGCACCAGAGUACGGAGGACAAGGUGACCGUGAUCGGAGCUGGGAUUACUCUGCAUGAAGCCGUGGCUGCAGCUGAGAUGCUCAAGAAAGAAAGGAUCUUCAUCAGGGUGAUUGAUCCGUUCACCAUCAAACCCCUGGACUCCAAGACCAUCAUUGAGCAUGCUCGCCAGACCAGGGGGCGUAUCCUCACUGUAGAGGACCACUACUACGAAGGUGGUCUGGGGGAGGCAGUGUGCUCAGCGGUGGUGAACGAGCAGGGCUUCACCCUACAGCGGCUGGCCGUGGCCCACGUUCCCCGCAGCGGCAAGCCCAACGAGCUGCUCAAGAUUUACGGCAUCGACCGCGAAGCCAUUUGCCAGGCCAUCAGGAAGAUGCUCAGCGGCUCUUCCAACGCCAAGUAGCUCCACCCCUUUCUGCCUAAGCCCCACCCAAUUCUACCACCCCUCAGAUAAACGUUUCAUGUCACAUGACACCACCCCACCUGGUAACCUCGCCCCCUUACUGUGAAAGUCCACCCCUGUGUUUACUGAAGUA